AUGGUAUUUGCUAGGUACUUGAAGUCCAUAAAAAAGCCUCUUCUGGGAAAAGAUAUUUGGUUUCAGAUUCACUUCUGGAUGAUGUUGCUAACUGUAGCUGCAACAAUAACUGCUUUCGUAUUGGCCUUUGUAGCAGUAAAAGGAUGGAGUAGUUGGGCACAAACUCAUGCCAUUAUUGGAUGCAUCGUUAUGGUUCUGUGUUUCUUUCAGCCACUGAUAGCUUUUUUCCGUCCUUCUCCUCAAAACAACAGGAGGUUCAUUUUUAAUUGGUUUCACAUGCUAAAUGCAUUAGUCAUCAAAGUAUUGGCAGAUGCUGACCUAUUUCUGGGUCUAAAAAUGCUCAACUCUCCUGACCACUGGAUGGUUAAAACCAUGGGCGGCUUUGUGGGAUGGGAGGCAUUAAUAGCCAUCACACUGGAUGUAAAUCUCUGGUUGAAAAAAAGAGAAAUUUAUGACGAUUCACAAGCAAAGGUGAAAAGUGAAGUACUACUGCUGCUAAUAUAUCUGUGUGGCAGUCUGGCGUUUGUAAUAGCACUCCUUGUGGGUAUUGGAAAAAGUUAA